CCCCCUCCAUGAGCGUGCGUGACGUCACGGCCGCGGGUUUAAUAAGAGUUGGUUCGGAGCGCAGCUCGGGACCACUCUCUCUUGGGACUCCGGCCUUUCUCAGUCUUCUCCGCUCCUAACAUCCAUCAACUCAACAAUGGCCGAUCCCGCCGCACCCGCCGCCGAGUUCUCCGCGGACCAGGUUGAGGACUUCAAGGAGGCCUUCGGUCUCUUCGACAGAGUCGGUGACAGCCAGGUGGCCUUCAGCCAGGUGGCCGACAUCAUGCGCGCUCUGGGCCAGAACCCCACCAACAAGGAGGUCAGGGCCAUCCUGGGAAGCCCCUCCGACGACGAUAUGGCCAACAAGAGGAUCAACUUCGAGAGCUUCCUGCCCAUGCUGAAGGUGGUCGACACCGCGCCCAAGGGAACGUACGACGACUACGUAGAGGGUCUCCGCGUCUUCGACAAGGAGGGCAACGGCACCGUGAUGGGAGCUGAGCUGCGCAUCGUCCUGUCCACCCUGGGAGAGAAGAUGAGCGAGCAAGAGAUCGACGCCCUGAUGCAGGGCCAGGAGGACGAGAACGGCAGCGUGCACUACGAGGCUUUUGUCAAGCACAUCAUGUCUAUCUAAGCGGUGGGAGAGGCAGGACCCUGUAGCUCGCUGCAGACCGCAGGGCGGCGCCGGACACCUGCGCCGCGUCUAAAGACCAACCAAGGAAAGACAAGGACAAUGUACAAGGGAUGCUGAAGCCAGCCCACUCUUUUCUUUCACUCUUUUCUUCCACUCUUUCGCUAUUCUUUUUUCUCGUUUUCGUUCUCUCUCUUCUCGUCGCUCUGGACGCUCUCACCCCCGCUCUCCUCCUCCCUCUGCCUGGCCUACACACCCCCCCCCCCUCCCUCCCCCUGUGGAGAGGGGGGUCAGGGUCUCCCCCCCCCCCCCCCCCAACCGCCCCCCCCCCCCCCGUGGGGUGAGCAACGGGGGCAGGAAGGAAGUGACCGCUCAUCAAGUGAGGGUGGCUCCAUCCCCGCCACCCACCACCCCCGCCCAGUCACGGCACCACUGGCCCAGCUACGCCCAAGGCGCUGGAAGGUUGAACGCUGAGAGACCCGCAGGCCACACCCGCUACCCCCCCCCCCCCCCCCCUCCCCCCUCCCCCCUCCCCCCUCCACCUCCACCACCCACUCCUCCUACUGGGAAGUUGUAUUGAUUAUAAACUGUAUAGUUUAAGAAUAAACUUUUCCAACAGAA